ACUUUAGUGCUGUGGAAAAUGGCGACUGUGAAUUCAGUGGAAGAUAUGCUGACUUCCGCAGUGGAUGAAUCAGCUGUUACUGCGCUUGUCGGCUCAUUAGAAUCCCAAUUAGCAUCCUCAAACAUUCAGUUGUCUAGUCAAGAUGUAAAUACAACUUCUGUAACUGUAAAUCAUGUUAAUAAUGCUGUACUAGUCGAUGACAAUGUAACACGGUUGCUUGAUGGACAAAAACAAGGUGUCAUUGCUGUAAGUCAGGCCGUAUCUUUGAUAAAUGUGGGCAAAUCUGCUGUUUCUGCGUCUCAAAUCGGAGAUGCAAGUGCUUCUUCUACUGUUACAACUAAUACAAGCAAUGUUCUUGCUACUUUACCUGGUGCAUUACCAGCAAGUGGUUAUAUUACACAAGUUACAGGAUCUCAGCAAUCUUUCUUUUCUCCUGUUAGUGGAAACAUUACUGUAAACAGGUCUACGAACAGUCAAGAGAUAAAAGUGGUGUAUACAUCUCAGUCUGUCGUUUCUCAAAUAAAUUCCACUUGCACAAUAAAUACACGGAGUAAAACUGCUGCAGCAGCAGCUGCUUCGAUGCCAAACGAUAGCCCCAGUAAUAUGGGAUUGAUCAAUGUUAGACCAAACCAGACACCUUCCAUGAGUGCAAUAUAUGACUUAGCUAAUGUAGCAUCACAGCAGUCUCCGAUAGUUACUUCCAAUACGUGUAAUACUACUAGUACCGCAACUACUUCACAGGUUCAAGUAACCAUUGCCAAUGGUAAGCAAAAUGCCACAAAAUCUGUGCCAGAUUCCAAACUGACUGACAAAAGUGGGAAACCACCUGUAAGCACACGUUCUCAGGAUACUAUAUCUGUACCAAAUACUGUUGUUCAAACUACUGUGAUGCAUCAAAUGGGCACAAAUGUGAUACAAGUAAACAAUCCGACAGUUGUAUCAAAAGGUCUUGUAACAACUAGUCAGCCUGUUAGUGUUGUUUCACAAGUUGUUACUAAUCCAAGUCUUCUCACACCUGGUGUUCAAAUUGUAAAUGUAAAUCCUAGAUUGGGAGUUCAAGGAUUAGCUGGCCAAAAAACAUUAGCACCUCGGGUGAUGCUUGCUACAAAUCCUGUUAGGAUAGCAGCUGCCCCACAGAUUCUAACAGCUCGAGCUGGUGUGGCAGGACAGAGGUGCAUCACACAAAAUAAUGCUCAAAUUAAAGUUGAUUACCAACAAAGAGUUGCCACACCCAAAGGUGGCCAGGUGACAGUGCCAAAAGUCAUUCCACUUUCAGCAAAUAAGGGCACAAUUACUCUGUCUUCCGGAAUGGUCAGAGGUGCAGUAUUAUUGAAGACAGAAAAUGGCCAAUAUCAAGUUGUUAACAUUGCUGGAUCAUCGAGUAGCCCAAUUCCUGGUGCAGCUACGUAUCGUCUACAGUCGCUUCCACCUGGUGCAACAGGUGUUAGAGCUGUCACUCCACAGCAAAUUGUUACAGUUCCCGUAAGUGCAAGUGGUUUAAAAGCCAGUCAGGUAUCAGUAACAGUCCCACAAACGAUUGUUGGUACAAUUCUGCAGCAGGGAUCUUCACCUUUAAGUGGUGUCAAUUCUCGUCUCUCUACUCCUAAUUCUGCAAAAACUGGUGUCAUAAAGGCAGGUGUUAAUGGCAAUUUAACUACUCCUCUGACUGUUCAAACCACAAGUGCCAAUAGUCAGCCAAGUACACCCACGCAGAUGUCUCCGAACACAGCAAAGAAAAAAUGCAAAAAUUUUUUAUCAACACUCAUCCGAUUAGCUGAUGAACAACCAGCAGCUGUAGCGAAAAGUGUACGAAAUCUUAUACAGGGCAUUAUUGAUGGGACAAUGCAAGCAGAAGAGUUUACUGCAAAACUACAAAAAGAACUAAAUUCUGCACCUCAACCAUAUUUAGUUCCUUUUUUAAAAAAAAACUUGCCAUAUUUAAGGCAUUCUUUGAUCACAAAAGAAUUAACAAUUGAAGGUGUUCGACCUCCACCACCUGGAGCUCUAAUAUUGCCACAUCCUCAUGCUUCAAAUUUGCAACAAGUACAGAUUGGCCAAAAGAGGCCGUUAAUGCAGCCUGUUUCUCAAGUGCGUCUUAUGUCUGGUUCUGGUACAUCACUCGCAACACAACUUUUACAGCCAAAUCAGGCUGUUUUGAAUCAGAGAUAUGCAGGACCCCGUUUGCAGACUAACAACCAAGCAAAGAGCUUGUUAGUUAGUAAAACUAUAACUGGGUCAUCAGUUGCUGCAUCAUCUCCUGCAACAGUUACAGCCCUACAAUCUAAAUUUCCAGUAUCAGUUAAGAGUACUUUAAUCAAUGCUGCAAAAGAUCAAGGAAAAAGAAAUUUUUCUGCAUUAAGGGAUGAUGAUGAUAUAAAUGAUGUAGCUGCAAUGGGUGGCGUCAAUCUAAUUGAAGAAAGUCAGAAGAUUUUGGCAUCUAAUGCAGAAAUUGUUGGCACUCAAAUCAGAUCCUGUAAAGAAGAGAGUUUUUUAUUUUCAUCUGCCCUUCAAAGGAGAAUACAUACAAUAGCUCAAAAGCAAGGUUUAGAAGAUGUUUCUCCAGAUGUAGUUAAUUUAAUUUCUCAUGCUUCCCAAACUAGAUUAAAAACCUUGAUUGAAAAACUUAGCGUUAUUUCUGAGCAUCGUAUUGAAAAUCCCAAGACUGACAGCAGGUAUGAAAUGACACAAGAUGUAAAAGGCCAAAUCAAAUUUAUUGAAGAGUUAGAUAAAUUAGAAAAACGACGACAUAGUGAGCAGGAAAGAGAAAUGUUACUGAGAGCUGCAAAAAGUCGCUCUAAACUUGAAGAUCCAGAACAACUGAAAUUAAAGCAAAAAGCCAAGGAAAUGCAAAGAGCUGAAAUGGAAGAAAUGAGGCAAAGAGAAGCCAACACUACAGCUUUAUUAGCUAUAGGUCCUAGAAAAAAAGCAAAAAUAGACAAUAAUUUAACAUCAUUAAAUCAGGCAAGUCCAUUUUCUGGAUUAAAUAGCAGUUCGUCAAAAAUGCAGCAACGGCCAAGAGUUAAAAGAGUCAGCAUGAGAGAUUUGCUGUACUUAAUGGAACAAGAAAGAGAAACAGUUCGAAAACCACUAUUGUAUAAAUCAUAUUUAAAAUGACAUUAACUUGCUAUAUAACAUAUCUUCCGCCAAAUAAAAAGGAUCUUCUUCCCAGUUAAAGCAUUCUCUGUGAAACAAGCUGUGUUCAUCUAAGUUGAGCUUUCCAGUGAGGAGGUACAUCAGAUUCCAUCCAAUAUUAGCAAAUAACGACUCACCACUCUGUGUACAUAGUUACUGUGAAAAGCAAUGACUUCCCAUAAGACAAUUAGUGAGAUGUAGUUUUAUGUAACAAAGACUUGUAAAAUUCCUAAUUGGUGCUUCAGGACAUGAAACUUCUCAAGCACUCGUAAUACUUUCUAAAGUUUUAUACGUGAUUCAUGAAUUUUGUAACUCUUCUGUACAUAGCAAAAUGUACAUAUAUAAAUAAAUAACUAUAAAUAAAUAAAUAUAUAUAAUUAUAUAUAUAUAUAUAUCAUAAAAUUUGGCAGCGGCCAUAACUAUACAAUGUUUAUAGUAACCAUGGAAUCAUUUCAUUAUGUAAUGAAUUUCAUUUUGCUGUAUAUUGCUUGUAAUGUAUUGUGAAAGUUUUAUUUAAAAAUAAUCAUUUUCCCAAUUCAAAUCAUUUGAGUGUGUUGAAGUAUAUUUUUGUUGAAAAUAUGUUUUUAAGUUUAUUUUUGGCACAGCUGUAUACGAGCAGAUAAGCCCUAGCACAAUUUUCUACAUAAUUUAUGUAAAGUAAUUUAAAUUAUAUGAAUCUGAAAAUGUGUUCAAAUGUAAUAAUAUCUCAUUGGUUUUCAUAGUUUUUGUUUUCUCCUGUGUGGGAAAUAAUAUGUGCAAUUGUAGAAGUUUAAAUUUUACAUCCAGUUGUCCCUGAAAAUGCUCAUUUUUUUAUUUGUGCUAUCUAGAAGCAUAAAAUUUGAAUAUUGUGAUGCCAUAUACUAGAACUGAUAUUUAUAGAAUUAUAAGCUUUAUAAGAUUAUACUUUGCCAAAAUUUUAUGUCUUCCUAAGUAAGUUCAUCUGUGUGUUCUAGAAUAGAGCCUUUUUUUUUUUUUUUUUUAAAUACAAAUUUCUAAUCAAAUGUGUGAAUUUUAAGGUCAUGCCUAUCCUAUAGCAUAACACAGUAUGAAGAAAAGAUUUCUACAUAACUUAUAUAAAGAAAUAUGUCUGGUAAUGCUACUCUGUUUCUUUUUUCCCCCAUAGUGUAAUUUUAAUGUAAAAAAUAGUAAUGUGCUGACACCAUGACGUAUAAAAACAUUUUUUACCACUCCAGUUUCUAAUAGUUAUGAAAAUGAUGACAGUAAUGUUUUGCUAAUAAUACCUUCUUUGUGUUAAAAUAUUUUUAAUUUCAUCAUUUAAAAAUUAUAUUUACCUCUUCCAUGUAGACUUUAAAAAUUUAAUUUUACCUGAUUAGUCAGGUAGCCUACUUCAUUCGCAUAGAUUUGUCUUCUUUAUCUGUGAAAAGUUGUUAUGGAUUAGAUCCCCCGCCCCUCAAAAAAAGUUGUAUAAGCUGUUUGUUUUCUUCUGUAGGUAAAAUACUCAGAACUGGUUUUUUAACUUAAUUUAAAAGCAGUGUUUAGGAUUUUUGUUAAAUUUACCAGUUGAAAUGAUUAACAGAAAAAUUAGUUGAUUAUAUCUAAUUAGGAAUGAGGAGUCUUUAUAUUUGAAGGUCAUAUUUGAAUUAAUCAAAAGACUAGUUGCUUAAAACUUGUGAAAUAUCUUGACAUUUUGUAGUGAAAUUUUAAAAAAAAUGAAUAAUUAAUAAACCUAGAAUCCUUUGGAUUUUGCAUUUGUGAAUACAAUAAAAAAUUUUGUGUGUAGUCCAGGGCUUUAAAUAUGCUGGAAAUAUAAAGCAUGGCAAAGUAACAAUAUUCAUCCUUUUCCUGCAUUAUUGCAUAAAAUUUGUUUUCUAACCUUUUCUUUUAUGAUGCUUAAAUUUUAGCAUCUCUUUCUUUUCCUCAUUUAAUUUAUUCUGAUUUUGAAAAGGUUCUGUUUAUAUUGGAUGUAAUUUAAUCAAUUAUUUCCAAUACUUUCUUAUUUCAAAAGUUCAAGAUAUUUCUUGCAUCUGUUUAUUUUAUGCUUUGCAAUAAAUGAUUUUAUGUUGUUUUUUAACUCUGUUAUAAUUUGUUUUAUUAUUGUUUCUAAUUGAUAGGCAUUUAUCAAUCACAUGUUGAAAUCUCUAUUUUAUUCACUUUACUUGAAAUUAAAAUUCUGCACAUUUGAUAUAGAAAAAUAUAUAUAUAUAUAUCAUCAAUAUAAUGUCUUGCGUGCUGUAGUACCUUUGUUUUUUAAAUGUGUUAUUAAUUUUCAUGUUGAAAUACCUAAUAUUAGACAGGAAGGAAAAUAUUAAUAAUAAUAUGUUACUUUGUAUUAAAAUGUAGGGACAACUAGUAACAUUGGUUUUCUGUAUGGAUGCCACUCGAAUGGAAUGAGUUGAAUAUACGUGUAUGUGUGUUUGUGAUAAACCUAAGUCUUUCACGUUAAUAUGUCAACAGUGCAUUACAGAGCUAAAUUUUGUUAUAUUUUAUGUUUUUGUAAUAAUUUUAUUGUUUAUGUGUAAUGAAGACUUUUUAAAAUUUAAAACUAUAUUUUAAAUGUGUUUAUAGUAAUUUCUUAUUUCUUUCGAUUAUUCAGUUAUUUAGUUGAAAUAUACUUUGGUAAUGAGUCAGAUUUAUUUAUACUGUGAUUUAACAAUAAUUAUUUUCAGACACUGAUUUUGGGGAUUUUUUUAUUUAUUUUUCGCAAUAAAAUUUGGUUCCUUGUUAAUAAAAUACUGUAACAAAGAUUUGUUAAGUAAAUAUUAUAAUUUAUGAAAGUUGUUACUUUUUUAAUUGAAAAACUUAAAAGAUCAUAAUUUACCUUUAAAAUAGAAGAGUGGCAGCCAUAUAAAUAUAAUGAGUUUCAUAUUGACAAUUUUAAUAAAAUGCACUUUUUAGCAAAGAGACAUCUAAUGUUAGUAAACCUGUGUUUUUUCAUUCUUUGUGUUUGUGUCAAGAAUUUUUAAAAACUAAAAAUUUCCUGUCAUGUGAAAAGGAAAUCUCAUGUGUGCCAUAAUUUGGAAUGAGUAAAUUCUUUCAAAAAAUUGAUCCUGUAUAUUUUUAUUAAUUAUAGGGUAUCAGUGAUUUGUAAUUUAUAAGCUCCAUGCAAUUUUAGUUUAUAAAAAAGAGAAAUAAAAUGAAAAUCUGCAGUUUUCAUUGCGUACUAUAUUAAAUAAAAAUUGCUUUUAUUAAUAAUGUGCUUUCUUUAUAGAAUUUUUAAUGAUGCAUUUGCCUUAUAGAACAAAUGAGUAUAGAAUGCUUUGACAUUAAAGUUCUACCUUUAUUUAAUAUGUAGUCCAAAAUUUAAAUCUAGGUUCAUAAAUAUGUUGUAGAAAUUUGUCUUUAUGACUUGAAUAAGAGGUAUAAGCAGAAAAUCUGAUUUUCUUGUAAAUUUUGAAAGAAAACUUUUUAAAAGCCUUGUAACGUCCCCUU